CCAACCCCCGACCCCCGAAAAAGCAAGGGUCGCGGGCAAUUUUCAGAACCUGAACCACGCGAUAUACUGGCGGCAUUCAGAGGUGGACUUUGAAGGUUUGGCAGUGAUACCCUCCAGAUUGUGAUAUAUCUGGACCUUUUCGACAAGAUGGUUCGCGUAGGCCAGAGAUGGCAUGCUCUAAGAGCUAUUCUAAAGAUACGCUUCGGCCCCGGCGCCGCAACACUCCCUCCCAAUGUCACGAGGAUACACAUGGAAUUCGCCAAGCGCGCAGAAAACGGUCACGUUGGCCCCAAAAAGUUCUGGCGUGAAAUGCUUCCCCGUCUCAAGUACUAUAAUCCUGCCGUCCCCAUGAUCGUCAACCGCAAAGCCAACACCGAAGGCGCCGCCAUCAUGUCCGUCUACUUCUCCGCCACCGACGCGCCCGUCGACCCGUCGACCCUCCCGCAGCCCCCCUCUUCGGCCAUCGACAACAGCAAAGCCCAGCCUCCUCUUGAGGGCGUCGAGCGCGUCGUCAAGAUCGAUAUGAAGGGCAAGCACUCCCAGGAGAUCCUUGACCGGUUCCUCGCCGAGACCAAGGCCGAAGCCAUUCUGCCGGGGCCCGAGGACGAGAGCGAGAUGAAGGCUGCCGAGGAGCUCAGGAUCAAGGGUGAGAAGGACCGCCAGCGCAACCUCAAGAUCCGUGAGGAGGAAAAGAAGGAGAAGGCUAUGUUGGCCAGGGCGCGUGCUGAGGCUAGCUCGUAGUAUGAGUGAGGGAAGACAUGUACGAGGUGAGCGUGGGCGGAGAUCUAAAAAAGUGUAUGAAUAUCCUGUACAAACUGUACCAAAAAAGAAUCUCUGCAUGAACUGGUAUAUCACAGGGAAGCCGGCAGGCUUGGUUUGAAAGGUCUGGUGAAAGUGCGUAGCGCGGCCAUAACAGCUAUGCCAACAGAGCAGAACGUUGAAAUUAUGGGAGGCUUUGUAGCGAAAAAUGAAGUAUUGUUCAUUAUAUAUAGACUAGUUGAAGACUUGAUGACCAUGUGCAUCCAAAAAAAAAAAAAA